UCUGGAGAUCAGUACAAGAUGAGCCUCACCAAAAAGGACAAGAAGGCUGUGAAGACCUUCUGGGACAAGGCGGCUGGCGAUGCCGAUGAAAUUGGAAAUGACGCCCUAUCCAGAAUGCUGGUGGUCUACCCCCAAACCAAGACUUACUUUGCCCACUGGCCAGACUUGAGCCCCGGGUCCGCACCAGUGAGGGAGCACGGAAAGAGAGUGAUGUCCGGAAUCAACCUCGCCGUGGCAAACAUUGACGACCUCAAAACCGGCCUCCUCACUUUGAGCGAACGCCAUGCCUUUGAACUGAGGGUGGAUCCAGCAAACUUCAAGAUACUCUCCCACAACAUCCUGGUGGUCCUGGCCAACAGGUAUCCUGCAGACUUCACCCCCGAGCUGCACCUCGCCGUGGACAAGUUCCUCUCCCAGGUGGCCCUGGCCCUCGCUGAGAAAUACCGAUAGGCAUCGCACUGAUAUAACCUGGCGCUAAUAUAACCUGUCUGCGCAGCUGAGCGGGGAAACGGCGAUCUGGCGAGAGCCAGGUUAUCUUUGAUGUGCAGUGUACCUUCAACUGAGACACUGAAAGUCUCU